AUGUCCAACCCAAAUGUUGCCCCAGCGGCCCCUCCAGACCUGAGGGUCGGAAACAAAUACAGAAUCGGUCGAAAGAUCGGUAGCGGCAGUUUUGGUGACAUCUACCUGGGCACCAAUAUCAUCAGUGGCGAAGAAAUUGCUAUCAAGCUGGAGAGUGUCAAGGCUAAGCACCCUCAACUAGAAUAUGAGGCUCGCGUCUAUAAAUCACUUGCCGGUGGUGUCGGUAUUCCAUUCGUUCGUUGGUUCGGUACAGAAUGUGACUACAAUGCCAUGGUCCUAGAUCUGCUUGGACCUUCCCUGGAAGAUCUCUUCAACUUCUGCAAUAGAAAAUUCAGCCUCAAGACUGUUCUCCUCCUCGCAGAUCAGCUGAUUUCCAGAAUUGAGUACAUCCACGCCAAGAGCUUCAUCCAUCGUGACAUCAAGCCAGACAACUUCUUGAUGGGUAUUGGGAAGCGUGGAAACCAAGUCAAUGUUAUUGAUUUUGGCUUGGCUAAGAAGUAUCGCGACCCUAAAACCCACUUUCACAUCCCAUACAGAGAAAACAAGAACUUGACCGGAACUGCCCGAUAUGCCUCCAUCAACACCCACUUGGGUGUCGAACAAUCUCGCCGUGACGAUAUGGAAUCCUUGGGCUAUGUCAUGUUAUACUUCUGCCGUGGCUCCCUCCCCUGGCAAGGUCUGAAGGCUGCUACUAAGAAGCAAAAGUAUGACAGAAUUAUGGAGAAGAAGAUGACCACGCCUACAGAAGUUCUCUGCCGCGGUUUCCCCAACGAGUUCGCCAUCUAUCUCAACUACACCCGUAGCUUGCGAUUCGACGACAAGCCCGACUACAGCUAUCUCCGCAAGAUCUUCCGAGACCUCUUCGUCCGUGAGGGAUUCCAGUACGACUACGUUUUUGACUGGACUGUCUACAAAUACCAAAAGAAUGCGCAGCAACUCGCUGCUAACCAGCAGAUGCAAGCUGCCGGAGAGGAUGAGGAGAAGCGACCUCGUAUGAAUACGAAUGCUGCUACCAUGGGUAACCCAACUCCCGGAACGGGACCUACCAUGGGUAGUUCUAGCAAGCCUGGCGCCGUAAGUGGUACUAGACGAAAGGUUGUUGAGCGCGGAAUUGUUGAUCCAACUAUGGAUAGAGGUAUGACCGGAAGUGACCGAAUGCUACGAUCCGCUAGCAAAUCCGCCCAGCCGACUUCGACCGGACAACAAUACGGAUCCUCCAGCAAUCAACCCGCCUACCGAAACGCUAAGCAGGACCAAUGGGGUUACUAA